AUUCAACUACAUACGAGCCACAGCACCUCGCCCUCCUCGCCUCCUCUGACCCCUCACAUCCGCCAUCAUGCCGUCGGUGAUAAGCGACGACGACAAGGAGACUGUCAAGCGCUUUGUACCCAAGCAGACGAACAAGAUUCAGGCUGUAGCCAUCGCCAGACUAUACGUUGCGUACCCGAAUCCUGCAAAAUGGACCAACACAGGUAUACAGGGUGCUAUUGUCCUGUCGAAUGACCUCGUGGGCAACACGUACUGGCUGAAGAUGGUGGAUAUAUCGUCCGGAAACCGCGGUGUCAUUUGGGAUCAGGAAAUAUUCGACAACUGGAACUACAACCAAGACCGUACCUUCUUCCACAGUUUCGAAAUCGAGGAAUGUCUCGCUGGUCUGUCCUUUGUCGACGAGAAGGAAGCGAAACAGUUCAAAAAGAAGAUGGACGACAGAGAAAAAAACGCAAGCAAAGCCACGAGAUCGACUCCGUUCGGAGGGGCUGCCCAAUCUUCAGGACACAAACAUGGCUUGCUUGGAGGUCUCUUCGGCAGCCGACACGCCUCAGCUCCUACCCCUCCAGACUCUCCGCGAUCGAACUUGCCCCACGGUCGAAUGCCAUCCUUGGGGGUGCCAACGGCCACACCCCUCGGAAUUCGCUCAUCCUAUUCGAAUGGCAUCGAACCUCGAAACUCGCGCGCCCCUCCACCGCCGCCGCCUUCAGGUGGAGGGCAUUCGGACAGUCCACGGGUACCGCCCCCUCCGCCUGCACCCAGACGUGGCGCUGCACCUGCUCCUCCACCAGCUAGAAGAUCCGGCAAAACAGAGCCGCCCGCUGUCAACAGAGAACCGACACCGCCGAGCGAGCCUGCUGUACCGGAGGCUCCAAGGAACCGAUUUGCUGUGCCGCCGCCGUUACCAGAUGCCGGCAAGCUUGCCCAUUCUCUGGGGGGUUCGAUUAACUCUAUUCGCGGGUCCGUAAAUUCCGGGCCGCCUCCCCCACCUCGACCGCCGAAAACGCCAAUGCAAGAAGAGGAGAGGCCUGUCGGCCACCGUUUUGGAGUACCGCCGGCUUUCUCUGGAUCUCGCCAGCCCCCGCCCACCCCGAGCCGGGGGUCCGUUCCGCCGCCGCCUCCUCCCCCUCCAGCAUCCGAGGCGCCUCCGUUGCCGCCACCAUCUUCACGACCUGUGCCGCCGCCUCCCGCGACUGGCAAUCCUCCGCCUCCGCCUCCGUUACCGUCAUCGAGCGCCCCCCCGCCACCUCCUCUACCCAGCUCUCCGCCGCCUUUGCCAACAUCAAACGCACCUCCUCCGCCACCGUUGCCGUCAUCGAACGCUCCUCCAGCACCCCCUCCGGCACCACCUUUGCCGCCAUCGUCCAACGCACCCCCAGCCCCACCUCCACCGCCUCCCGGAAUGGGUGUUCCUCCCCCGCCACCUCCUCCACCCCCGGGUGCCUUGGGCGGUCCUCCCCCCCCUCCUCCCAUGCCCAACAGAGACUCUGGCUACUCAUCAGGCGUCCCAGUGCCUGCUCCAGAUUCUUCGCGCUCGGCCGUGCUAGGCGACAUUCAGAAGGCUGGCGGUAUCAAAGCUUUGAAGAAGGUCGAUAGAAGCCAGAUUCGUGACAGAAGUGCCGCGACCGUUGGUGGCAGCAGCGACACGGGGCCGCAUGGUAGUGGCUUGCCUCCGAGUGGAGUCGCGCCGGGUGGUGGUGGUGGUGACAUGGCCAACGCACUGGCCGCUGCAUUGCAAAAGAGAAAGGAGAAGGUCAGCAGAAGCGAUGACGAACGAAGUGACAACGACGACUGGUAAAGCAUCUGAGGAUCCAUGGGUAAUGGAAAUGGCAGAAAGAACCGACAGGCAAGGCUUGGUAUUAUCGCUACGCCUUGUCGAAAUUACAAACCAAAUUAUCAUACCUUCGACCUGUUAUUCCAAGCGACAGCUGCAUACUUGGGGACCGGGUGGACUGGUUUCAUUGGCUGGCUGAUGUAUUCUCCGUUUGAAUCGUCCCUGGAUGACGGAGGCGUCGGCUGAAUGGUAGCAUUCAAUGGAUGACGAGUCGGUAGACAUGGCCGGAUGGGUGUAAAGAGUGUGGAAUCAAACAAUAUUCACAACUGUCCAUAUAAAACACAGGGUUACUUUGAUAUAUCAUAUCAUAAGAGUUAUGCAGUAUUCAAAGGGCGUUUGGUAACUUUGAGGAACGUGGUCCAAGACCCCGUGCCAAGCGUAUUCAAUUAAUGAG